AUGGGUUCCAAUCUGCCUGCCCAGCCGAAUCUUAGGGUUACAAUUAUCGCUGCGGAUGGCCUAUACAAGCGCGAUGUUUUCCGACUACCCGAUCCCUUCGCCGUGGCCACCGUUGGAGGUGAGCAGACACACACGACAUCAGUGAUCAAGAAGACGCUGAACCCGUACUGGAAUGAAAUGUUUGAUUUGCGGGUCAAUGAGGACAGUAUCCUUGCAAUUCAGAUUUUCGAUCAGAAGAAAUUCAAGAAGAAGGAUCAAGGCUUCCUUGGCGUCAUAAACGUGCGCAUCGGAGAUGUUAUUGAUUUACAAAUGGGUGGUGAUGAGAUGCUUACCCGAGAUUUGAAGAAGUCUAAUGACAACCUCGUCGUACAUGGAAAGCUUAUCAUCAACCUCUCGACCAAUCUCAGCACACCCAACCCCAACCAGGCGAACGGUUUGCACCGGACACAACUUGGAGCUUCAACAUCCAGCGGGCUUGUUCCGCAGGUUGCACCGACACCGUCAGUACCCCAAGCUGGACCUAGCUCUGUCGAUCAAUCAGCAGCUGCAUCGAGUGCCUCAUUGAACCCGCAGCGUGUCCCAUCGGCUACCCGCCCGACCAGUCAAAUCGCCCCGCCCAACGGUGCGCCGCCGAUCGCCAACGGACAGGGCGUACCACGACCUAAUCUCAGUUCAUUUGAGGAUAAUCAAGGACGACUACCAGCAGGCUGGGAGCGACGCGAGGAUAAUCUGGGAAGGACCUAUUAUGUGGACCACAACACUCGAACCACGACCUGGAACAGGCCGUCCGCCAACUAUAAUGAGCAAACGCAGCGCACUCAGCGGGAGGCUAAUAUGCAGUUAGAGCGGAGAGCGCACCAGAAUCGAAUGCUCCCUGAGGACCGGACUGGAGCCAGCUCACCCAAUUUAUCGGAAACUCAGCCGCAAGCUCAGACUCCGCCCGCUGGCGGCAGCGGUGCCAGUAAUAGCAACGUGGUUUCCAUGAUGGCGACAGGAGCUACCACUGCAGGCACUGGUGAGCUUCCGCCUGGUUGGGAACAGCGGACUACUCCCGAGGGCAGACCGUACUUCGUGGACCACAACACCCGUACCACAACAUGGGUAGAUCCCCGGCGGCAGCAGUAUAUACGGAUGUAUGGCCAGAAUGCCAGUGGUGGCAAUACCACCAUCCAGCAACAGCCUGUUUCUCAACUCGGUCCACUACCUAGCGGCUGGGAGAUGCGUCUGACAAACACGGCUCGAGUGUAUUUCGUUGACCACAAUACCAAGACAACCACCUGGGAUGAUCCCCGUCUGCCAUCCUCACUGGAUCAGGGUGUCCCUCAAUACAAGCGUGACUUCCGACGGAAACUCAUCUACUUCCGGUCACAGCCAGCGCUGCGCAUCAUGUCUGGCCAAUGCCACGUCAAGGUUCGCCGAAAUAACAUAUUUGAGGACUCAUAUGCCGAAAUCAUGCGCCAGAGCGCGUCCGAUUUGAAAAAGCGGCUGAUGAUCAAGUUUGACGGUGAAGAUGGUCUGGACUAUGGUGGUCUUUCGCGCGAAUUCUUCUUCCUUCUCUCUCACGAAAUGUUUAAUCCGUUCUACUGCCUUUUCGAGUACUCUGCGCAUGAUAAUUAUACCCUACAGAUUAAUCCUCAUUCAGGGGUCAACCCAGAACACCUGAAUUACUUCAAGUUUAUUGGGCGUGUUGUUGGAUUGGCCAUUUUCCACCGUCGGUUCCUUGACUCAUUCUUUAUUGGAGCCUUCUACAAAAUGAUGCUACGCAAGAAGGUGUCCUUGCAGGACAUGGAGGGUGUAGACGAAGAUCUGCACCGCAAUUUGACAUGGACACUGGAAAACGAUAUUGAGGGCAUCAUCGACUUGACUUUCACAGUUGACGACGAAAAGUUUGGAGAGCGCCGUACGAUUGAGUUGAAGCCUGGCGGGGAAGAUAUACCCGUGACUAAUGAGAACAAGCACGAAUAUGUUGAGCUUGUGACGGAGUGGAAGAUUGUGAAGCGAGUAGAAGAGCAGUUCAACGCUUUCAUGUCUGGCUUCAACGAGCUUAUUCCGGCGGAUCUAGUCAAUGUGUUUGAUGAACGUGAGCUAGAGCUGCUGAUUGGAGGUAUUGCCGAUAUUGAUGUCGAUGACUGGAAGAAGCACACCGAUUAUCGCGGCUACCAGGAACAGGAUGAAGUCAUCCAGAACUUCUGGAAAAUUGUUCGCACUUGGGAUGCGGAACAGAAGUCCCGUCUGCUCCAGUUCACCACAGGUACAUCACGUAUUCCAGUCAACGGGUUCAAGGAUCUUCAGGGCUCGGAUGGACCUAGACGAUUCACCAUUGAGAAGUCUGGAGAUCCAAUCGCCUUGCCCAAGUCUCACACAUGUUUCAACCGUCUUGAUCUUCCACCGUAUAAGUCACAUGAGGUGCUAGAGCACAAGCUGUCGAUCGCUGUGGAAGAGACAUUAGGUUUCGGGCAGGAGUAGUAACACAUCUGAAUGGAUUUAGAAAGCCAGCAUUUAUACUAUCCAUUCGAUUCACCAAACAGCUUCAGAGAUCAGCCCAACGAGGAAGGGCUAUUCAUACGGAGCGUAUUUUGCUCCUCUUGUUUGAUCUUCUCCGCGAAGCGCUGCCUAGGGUCACGCCAUACCCGUCGAGUCCAUUUCUAAUCUGUCAUUUCUCCUGUCACGGUGCAGGCAGUGAUUCUGUUAUUCCCAGUCAUUCUUUUGAGAAGAGCAGGACUCAGUUGAGGCCAUACAUACAGGCACACGGCAUUGUUAAGCUUGAUUUAUUCUAUUCUUACCAGGAUGUGGUGGACUGACUUGUAUAUAAUGUAUCAUCUCUAAGAACAUGGACUGCUACUUGCUGCACAUCUUAAGUUGCAUCGGCGUUCAUGCAGUGAUGCCGAAUCCCAGUUUUGCAGAAUAUCUAUC